UUGUUAGAAUUCAUAAUUUCAGAUGCAGAUGAUGUCUGGAGAUGGGUUUUCAAUUCCAACUUCCAUCAGAGGUUUUGCUCAUCAGGAAACCAAUCCAAACCCUAACCUUCCUCCUAAUCCAGCUCCUGUACCGGUUGUGAAGAAGAAGAGGAAUCUUCCAGGAACUCCAGAUCCAAACGCAGAGGUGAUAGCUCUAUCGCCUAAAACACUCAUGGCCACAAACAGAUUUUUCUGUGAAAUCUGCAACAAAGGGUUUCAGAGAGACCAGAACCUCCAGCUUCAUCGACGAGGGCAUAACCUGCCAUGGAAGCUUAGGCAAAGAACAAGCAAGGAGGUUCAAAAGAGGGUAUACAUCUGCCCUGAGAAAAGCUGCGUUCAUCACGAUCCAUCAAGGGCACUGGGAGAUCUUACUGGAAUUAAGAAACAUUUUAGCAGAAAACAUGGCGAGAAGAAAUGGAAGUGUGAGAAAUGUUCGAAGAAAUACGCUGUUCGAUCCGAUUGGAAAGCCCACAACAAAACUUGCGGAACUCGAGAGUAUAAAUGUGACUGCGGAACACUCUUUUCCAGGAAGGAUAGUUUCAUCACACACAGAGCCUUCUGUGAUGCUCUAGCAGAAGAGAGUGGUAGACUCAUUUCAGUUGCAGCACCAACCAACCUAAACUUCGGACCUGAUUCUUCCAUCAAUGACACCACAGCUAGCCUCCCUCAUGGUUUCGGCAGCCGUGGAGGUGGUGGUGGCGGUGGCGGAGGAGUAGAUGUUGCGGGAAUGCAUCAAUUGAGUCAGCCCAGGUUGUCGCUUUGGCUGGAUCAUCAACAUCAUCAGGCCAAUUCUAAUCACAUAAACAUGAACAUGAACAUGAACAUGAAUCCUAUCGAUUUGCAAGCCAAUUCGAAUGCUUUCUUGCCACCCAAUUCCACCGGUUUGCCUGAAUUGAUGCAAAUGGCAUCAUCUAGCAAUCUCUUUGGGUCUUCUUCUUCUAUGGUGGACUUCGGAGGUUGCAUGCAGCAGCAAUGGCUGGAUCGGUCAUCUACAAGUGCCAGUCUCUCGUUGUCUACAUCUCCAAGGGCAUUAAAGGAGGAAAGCCAAGGAGGUAACAACAACAAUAACAACAAAGGGCAUUUGGUUGAAAGCUUAGCUUCUUUGUACUCAUCUAGCACCACUGGUACUCAUUCGGCUCAAGCACAGCAAGCGAGUCCAGCUCACAUGUCAGCCACUGCACUGUUACAGAAGGCAGCCCAAAUGGGUUCCACUAGAAGCAGCAACGCCAGCCACGCAAACCCCAACAACCCUUCGUUUCUCGGUGGCUUCGCAGUGCUCAGUUCUUCUGCUUCCUCUACUUCCGGUAAUGGCAAUGUCAACACAAGUACCACAACAGGCUUCAACGAUCUAAUGAAUUCGAUAUCCAGCAGCACCGCCACCACCACCACCACCGGAGGUAUUGGUGAUGGAAUGAUGGGUGGGUUGAACUUGAGAUCUCUGAUGAUGGCUCAAGGUGUUAAACAAGGCGGUUCAAACUCAAACGCAAACGCAAACGCAAACGAAGUGGAGCAUAGCCUAACGAGAGAUUUCCUGGGCGUCGGAGAAGACGCCGGCCGCCCAUACUUGCAGCAGGAGUUGGCGAGGUUUGCUUCCAUGGGGGAUUUGAGCCGCCACCACCACCACCACCACAAUGGCAACCACUGAUGACUCAUCCAUUACUGAAAC